AUGGCCACUCUUCUAUCUUCGUCAUCCCUCCUCUCUUCUCCAUCACAACUUGUCUCAUCCGUUCUCUCUUCAUCCUCUCUAGAGGCACCACUACCCUCUAUACGCUCUGCCUUGCCUUCUGCUCCCCUUUUUUUUUUCCUCCCUUCCCCCUCCCUUUUCCUCUCUUCCCCUUCCCUUGUCCUCCCUUCCCCCUCUUUUCUGCUGUCUUCCCUCUCCCUUAUCCCCCCUUCUCCCACCCCUCUCCUCCCCUCUCCUUCCCCUUCCCUUAUUCUCCCCCACUCUUCCCCGCAUCCUUCCUUCUCCUGCUCUUCUCCUUCCCCUACCCAUAUCCUUACUUGUCCUGCGUUUAGCCCAUCUCCCCUUUGGGUGAUGACGCGACCUGGCGUGUGUCAAGGAGAGGGAAAGCAGUUGGAAGAGGGGGAAAGGGUGGAGGAGGAGGAGGAGGAGGAGGAGGAGGAGGAGGAGGAGGAGGAGGAGGAGGAGGAGGAGGAUGAGGAGGAGGAGGAGGAGGAGGAGGAGGAGGAGGAGGAGGAGGAGGAGGAGGAGGAGGAGGAGGAGGAGGCUAGCUGA